AUGGCCAUCAUCUCAGAAGCAUUGAUCUCACUCUGGUCACAUCUACCAGCCAUCCUUGUCAGCCUUGCUUUAUUUCACUUCACUCGCAAUUACCUCAGAGCAGGGGCAGGAUCAAUCCCCGGACCAUUACUAGCUAAGAUAACGAACCUUUGGAGGUUCAUCGAUGUCGCCAACGGUCGUGCAGAAGUGACGCUUUACAGCCUCCACCAAAAGCACGGAGACUAUGUUCGACUAGGACCCAACGUGGUCAGUGUGCGGAAUUUGGAUGCGUUGAAAACUAUAUAUGGCAUCAAUAAGGGAUAUCAAAAGACAAAUUUCUAUUGCGUCCAGCAGCAGCUUGCCAAAGGCAGACCGACACCUACACUAUUUACUACAACUGAUGAAGCUUUCCAUGCUGCUAUUAAAAGGCCUAUCUCGUCAGCUUACUCAAUGAGUACUCUGACCGAAUUCGAGCCUUUUGUCGAUAAGACAAUUCAUACUUUGUUUGGGAGAUUGGAUGAGUUUGUGGCUGAAGCAAAAGUAUGUGAUAUUGCUGCUUGGCUACAAUACUAUGCCUUUGAUGUCAUUGGAGAAUUGACAUUCAGUAAACCACUGGGGUUCCUCGAGAAAGGGACUGAUAUCGACGGAAUCAUCGUCGCAUUGGAGCAUAUGCUUGACUAUGCCGGGAAGAUUGGGCAGAUGCCAUGGCUUGACUACCUUUUCAUCAAGAAUCCUCUCAGGAGUUUUUUCAAAGGGGGUUCGACCGGAGCUGUGGCUCGCUUUGCUUGCGCAAGAAUAGACGAGCGGCUGAACCAGAAAGGCACCUUACCAGCGGUCAACACACAAAAGGACUUUCUCGAUCGCUUUCUGGAAGCAAAAAAGGAGCACCCAACUAUUGUAAACGAUAACCAAGUCUUUUCCUAUACGAUCAGCAAUAUGAAUGCUGGCUCCGACACAACUGCAAUUUCUCUCCGAGCAAUACUCUAUUACACCCUUAAGAACUCCCGAGCAAGUAUGAAACUGCACCAAGAGCUCACCGUCGCCCUUGAAGAAAACCGCAUCUCUUUACCUGUCUCGUGGAAGCAAAGUCAAGAGCAACUCCCUUAUCUCGACGCGGUGAUUAAAGAAGCACUACGCCUUCACCCGGCUGUAGGAUUGAUGCUUGAGCGAAUUGUGCCCGCCGAGGGACUGCAGCUUCCCGAUGGUCCAUUUCUACCGGCUGGGACGAUAGUUGGUGCUAAUCCGUGGAUAAUCCACCGUCACCAGGUCUUUGGGGAGGAUGUGGAGUCAUUUGUUCCGGAACGGUGGCUCAAGAUGGAUACGGAGUCUGAAACCAAUUUCCAGGACAGAAAGCAGAAGAUGCUUCGUGCGACAUUCACUUUCGGGGCUGGGCCAAGGACUUGCAUUGGGAAGAAUAUCAGUCUGCUUGAGAUUUAUAAGUUGAUUCCAUCGCUAUUUCUAAGAUACAAGAUUGAAUUAAACGAUCCUAGCGCAGAAUGGGAGAUUGUCAAUGCGUGGUUUGUGAGGCAAAAGAACAUGGAUGUGAGGUUGGUCCAUAACGGCGAGGCCAUAGGAUCAUAA